AUGGGAACAUAUGGAUAUAUGCCUCCAGAGUAUGCAGUGCAUGGAUCUUUCUCGAUAAAAUCGGAUGUUUUUAGCUUUGGAGUUGUGGUACUUGAGAUAAUUAGCAGGAGGAAGAAUCGCGGAUUUUGUGACCCUAUACAUCAUCUGAACCUUCUUGGUCAUGCAUGGAGGCUAUGGAUUGAAGAUAGGCCACUGGAGUUAAUGGAUGAAACAUUAUAUGAUAUGCAUGUGGUUAGGGAUAAAUUAGCUUUAGAUAGGAAGACUUUCAGUGGUUCUGUCGCCUAUGAAUAUGGACUCUAUCGUGGACCAUUCGUCUGGGAAGGAACUCUCAUCGCUGGAGCUAGGGUUUACCUCGGUGGUCGGGCGGCUAAUAUGUUAGAGGUAGUGUUAGCUGAAGAUUUCGACAUUUGA